GCAUGACAUCAUGCCCAGCUCCAGCCUCCCAGUGAAAACAACGCGUGAAACCUCCACAUCCCACUACAGCGACUCGCCUCCACCACCCGACCGUCUGCAGCGUGACAGCACGCCGCCCCGUCCCCGAGACUCACACCGGGAGAGGGGGGCAUCCCUCCGUCCGUCAGUCCGUCGGUGCAUGCGUCUGUCCGGGGGAAUGGCGGAUGGAGAGGCCGCCGUGUCUGUGGUGGAGUGGGACAGCGGUGCGGUGAUGGGGGUCUAACCGAGAAGCGUCCCACCUCUGCGGCUCUAUUUCCUCUGCUCGGCUCGGUAUUCAGCUCCAGACAUGGAUCCUGAGAAUAAGUUGACAUUCUGCCUCGGGCUGAAGGCUGAGGAGAUGACCAUGUCCCUGCAGGGGCUGGACGGAACCGAAGCUGCCACGGUGGCUGUUUCUCAGAAGGAGACCAACACGCGCACAGUGAAUAAGGUGGUGAAGCCACACAGGGGAUCUGGUAGCCGGCCUAUAGUCAGCCCAAAGUACUGUCCCGGAGUCAACAGCAGUCCAGGUUACCUGUGUGAGACGGGACACUGCUGCGGAGAGACAGGCUGCUGUACCUACUAUUAUGAACUCUGGUGGUUCUGGCUCUUGUGGACGUUGCUGAUCCUCUUCAGCUGUUUCUGUGCUUUCCGCCACCGCCGGGCCAAGCUGAGGAUCCAGCAGCAGCAGAGACAGAGAGAGAUCAAUCUGAUCGCCUAUAACGGAGCCUGCAACUACCCUUCCUCAAUGCUGGACCUCAGUUUUCUGGCUUCUUUCAAGUUGCCCUCUUACGAGGAGGUGGCGGCACAGCCCUGCACCCCUCCUCCGCCUUACAGCUCCGUCUUCGCCCUGCAGGGUGGUAGCAUGGGGGGUCCGAGCUCCUCCUUCCCCUAUCACCCCCACCACCGCAACCCCUGCCCUCCCUACCAUGGCCCCGGCCCCAGCGGCAUGACGUCCUCCCAGAGCUCUGACAACUACACCAGCUGCUCCUGCGAGUCGUGCUCCCUCACCUCCCCCUCGAGCACCUCCUUCUCCUUCCAGGUGACAGACGAGACGUACGACAGCAGCCACAUCUCCACGCCCAGCGAAGCCUGGGGCGACUCUGCCAUCGUGCCAAGGGUAGGCGCCACCUUUCCGUCCACUCCUUCCCCGUCACUUCCAUUGCAGCUUCAGCGUGAUGUUAUACCAGCGGCCGCUCCAGACGUCGUACCCGUGCAGAGAUGCUCCUCUAAUGGCCGUGAAGAAAACUCGCGUCCAUCGUUUUCCCUUCCUCUGCUCUCACAUCCUUCACAGCCGUCUCGCCUCCCGCUUUCUCCCCUCACCCUGUUGUCUUCCCUCCCUCCUGGUCAGGUCCAUCCUCUCAUCCUCUCAGACCCACUUGGAAUCAUGGCUGUCCAGAGAGGGAAAGAAGAAGAUGCUUCACCUCACGGUCCGACCCCCAGGCCCACGCUGUCUCCCCCCAAACAGGUGCUCAUCUCCUCACAUGUGGCCACGUUCACACGUAGCAGCAGCAAAGGGGAGAAGAAGCUGGAAGAAGAGGAAGAGGAAGAGGAAGACGAGGAGGAGGAUCACUUCCGGCACAGACGACUGACGGGUGACUCGGGCAUCGAGGUGUGUCGCUGCCGCGUGAAGAGGGAGGAGCAGGAGGAAGAGGAACUGCAGAAGGGGCAUGUGGGUGAAGGAGGGAAAGAGGCUGUGCAGGGGGAGGAGAGGGAGGAUGUGCUUCACGACAGCCUGGACUGUUCCCACCGAGCGAAGGCCGGCGGGCGGUCGCCUCUCUCGGACGACUGCGCCGGGCAGCGCGGCCGCGUCUCCUCCUCCUCCCGUGGCGCCCAGAAGACGGUGGAGGCCUCGUAGGCUGACGGCCAGUGAGUUUGAACCAGUGGAACAAAGUGAGAUGUUUAUGGUGAACGGCUUCAAUACAGAUCAAGACUUGCAGGUGAAAAGUUGAAUCACCUCAGUCUUGCAGGUCUUUGUGGUUUACGAGCCGAGAGACAGGAAGCGGAAUAGAUCCGCCUGUUGUCUCUGUGUUUUAUUUCAAACGAGAACCUGAAAGUCGCAUUUUGUAGUUGGUUGAUUUGGUUCGUGGUUUAGGAGAAAACUUUUUCUUGAGAGUGAUGAAAUGCUAAUGAGUUGUUUCAUUCUCUUUCUCCUUUGUUUCCCCACAUGCUAACCAAAUCAGUUUUCAGAGGUAGCUUAGUGACGACAUCCCUUUACCCUUUACUUAUUGAUCUCUCUGCUUGCUAAAAAAGCAUUUUAGCUGUUGUCAGUGAAAUAGUCAGUGGUUCCCAACCUGGGGGUCGGGGCCCCUCAAAAGAGUCAUGACAGGAUUGACCCAAUAAGAAAAAAGAAGAACGCGUUCGACCAUUCAGAAUUAUGUGCUAAUUUUCCAAUGUUUUCCUGAUUGUAAACAAUCUGAGGAGCGAAAAAUCUAUAUUUGGUUUGAGCUGCUCUCAACUUAUCGACUUAUGCAAUGUAAGAUGGAUCUCAACAAAAUAUUCCUUUGAUUUACGGGGUCGUACAUGUUUGGAACCACUGUCUUCAGCGGUAGAAUAGCAGUAUACCAUGUUCUAUUUGCUAUUUGAUCAGAAUCUGUAACCGUAUUUGUAUAAAUAACAUUCUUAAAGUCUUAAAGUACAUGAAGAUAGUGGAACAGUUUAUUUGGAACAGGGCAGAAGAAAAACAGGCGUUAUAUCUUUUAAUCUAGUGGCUUCUGAUUUUUUUUAAAACUCAAUUAUUGUUCACAAAAACGUUCCAGAUGUUCUAUUUCUUGUCGGUGACUUUUUACUUUCACCAGCCUGUUCCCUCUGUUUAUCAGAGGAAAUAAUGACUGAAGGCAUCUAUUGUGACUGAUACAAGGUGUGUGUGUGUGUGUGUGUGUGUGUGUGUGUGUGUGUGUGUGUGUGUGUGUGUGUGUGUGUGUGUGUGUGUGUGUGUGUGUGUGUGUGUGUGUGUGUGUGUGUGUGUGUGUGUGUGUGUGUGUGUGUGUGUGUGUGUGUGUGUGUGUGUGUGUGUGUGUGUGUGUGUGUGUGUGUGUGUGUGUGUGUUGUCUUCUUUAGUUCCCUUAAGGAAUGAGAGGGUGCAAACAUUGAUUUCAAAAUGUAUGGGUGGCAAAGCUUUACAAUGAUUAUACUUUGAUGUUUCAGACUGUUACAUGAAUGUUCAGCAUAAUUACCAGACUGUUUGACUUUGGACGUGUUCUAACAUGUUCCUGUUUGGCCGUUGCCAUUUCUUUUUGCAGGGCAAUUGGGAACGUUGAGUUUUUGAACUAGGCAGAAACUUUAAGCCUAAUCUCGUCAGUGAUCAUGAAUGUAAAAGGUUAUGUAUUGCAACAACAAAACAAAAAAGAUAUAUAUAUUGGAGAUUUUUACGGAGAUUUUUUAUCGCAUGUUGCUCGACUGAUAGAGUCUGGAAAAGGCAACGCAAAGUGGCAGACGUGGGCUUUGAGGAUCUGAUCUUAAAAUGUGAUGCUGUCUUGGAGAGCGUGUGCCUCCGCCAAAGCUGAUUGGCCACUUUAUCAUCUGAAUGCAUAUUGAGAUCAGAUACAUACACCAUGUAAACAGAAGGUGUCAACCUGUUCAUAGAUGUUAGCACUCUAUGUCAUAUGUCAGAUUUUUUUACAUAUAGAUCUCUAUGAAAAACAAUCCCAAAAAUUUACAAAAAAGAAAAAGAAAUUGCACUUUUAACAGUGUCAAGGAAAGAGGAAUGAAAUCCUUGAUCCACACCAAAAUGAAAUGGUUUCUUCCCUGAUCCAUACCACAUCCUUUCAUGGAAAUUCAUCCUGUGGUUUUUGUGUAAUUCUGUUAAUUAAAAAACAUUCACAGAAGAAAACAUGAUGUCAUUGGCGGAGGUAAAAAAAAAAAAAAAAGUUGUAAAUGCAUGAAAUGAGGGUUUAAAGUCGCAGACAGUUUGCCUCUUUUAUUUUGAAAACUGAUGUGACUAAUCUGAGAUGUUUUUUCUCUAGGCGUGUCCUGGUUUGUAUAUAAAACCACUGGUCGGUUGAUAUUUCAGUCGCACGGCGUGUGUCACUGACGUCUCUGCCUGUUGGCGGAGCGUGAAACCUUUUGAUUGAUGCUCUGUGUAUGUGCCAGGAUGACGUGAGGGCUGGUCUCAGUGCUGCUUAGCAGGAGCAGCACGUGUUCUCUUGUGAUUGAUCCUCAGUACCAAAAUGUCCUGGAGAAGAGAUCGAGUGUCAGGGAGAGGAGGGGACCAUGUCUGUCCUGCUGUGGUUUGUUUUAAGUGUCUCUGUAGCUCAAUGGUUCGAGGCCACUUCGUUGUGUCCUUGGCUCAGUGGGACGACGCCUUGCCUGAAGGUUUUGAGUCAUUUGUAGUUCUGCGGGCGGGAAACGUUUAUUCCUCUCCGCGGUACCUUUUAUUGGUCAAAGACAAAUCAUGUGUGUCCGGGGAGUGGAAGUAGGUUGUGUUGCAGGUUGUGUUGCAGUUUGUCAUCUGGAUCUUCUCUGUUCGAGGCUCUUGUGACUCACAGAGGUGACAAAUCAGAAGAAAAGCCUUUGGGCUGCUGUCCAUUUUUUUAGCUUUAGCUCAAAGAAAGAUCACAAUUUUCACUUUCAUUAGUCUAGAGGUUUUCCAAGAUCCACGUAUAUGGUGCCUGGAUGAAAAUAGACUUUUUGUUCGGCAUACAGUAGUUUUUAAUGCUGCUAUGUGAAUGUUUGUUUUUCUGUAAAUUGUCUGUAGUCGUACAUCCAGCGUUUUUUCUAGCAGUGCUUACGGCAGUCUCUUUAUAAAAUAUACGCAGUACACGUGAGACUUGCAAAAAUAGUAUUUAGCAAUAGUGUUCACACUUUUUUCCUUAUUCUAGUCAAUGCUGGUUGAUAGGAAAUGGACUGUUGUGAAAAAAGACAUUUACCUCUUCAUUAUGAAUCCGUGAGCUGUGCCGGCAGAGGCCCUCGAUUGUACAUAACACAGCGGGGUCUUUUUUUGAAAUGCCUUUGGCUUAAGGUUUCUCCCAAGUGCGAACUCCGAUCUAAGUUUUACCUUCGACCUGGUUUGUGUCUCUCAUUGAUGAUCAUUACGUUUGAGUCACAUAGCCACACAUUUGUCUUUUCCUUUGAUUCCUCAAACUCUCUUCUGCCGUUCUUGAUAAAUAAAACAAAAUAUGAAGCCAUCAUCAUUUUAAACCCAAGUUGUAUUCUUUAUUCCACAUCAAGAGUUUAGCAAGAACUUAAACCCUUGCUUUAUUUGCAUGGCAUUAACUGUAAUUUGUUUUCUAUAUUUGUGAUUAAUUUAUUGUUUAAAAAAAAAAGAAUGCUUUUAUUUGUCACUGACUUAUAUGUUAAAUAAUAAUAAAUGUAGUAUUUCCGUUAGCUGUAACGUUAAGGAGCAAAACGACUGCAUUUUGUAAGAAAGACCCAUUUACAUUUGUUCUGUACAGAUAAUGAUGAAUUAAGGAUGUUAGUGGAGGAAAUGGCUCCAUAAACCCUAAAAUAUUAUUGUAUGCAAAUUAUCAAAAUAGUCUUUGAUUAACUGUAUUAAGUUGUAUCUUUAGCUAAAAGGCUGAAUUAAUGAAGGCAGAAUUAUACAGAAUAAAGUAAAAGUACUGUGAGAUCAUGUAUACUAGAAAAACACAUUGUGAGAAUUACUUGUAUUGGUUUUUGUUGUGUAGCUUGUAGUGCACAACAUUCACUGGCUUUAUGAAUUUGUAUAGUAUCUUUAAAUCUACAUGUUUUUGCCCUACGUGGUAAUGAAACGUUUUUUUAAUUAUCUUGUUGAGGAAACAUCAGAGGUAGGAAAUAAAGUUGUAUACAAAAUCCUAAAAUCUGUUAUUUUGCACUGGACUUUCAUGCAGAGCAGAAUAGAGAAGUUGAUUAUGAUUCUGAAAGUUCCAUUGAACGACCUGCGUUUUACGACGAUCAUUUGAAAAACACAUGUUCUGUGACUUCAAUGCAACACGAGAUUCACAAACCGGAGUCAGUUUUACCCCGACUAUGAUUUCACGUAGAAGCCAAACUGAGUUCAGUGUCUGUGGAGCUGGUUAAGUGUGAACGGAGAAAACGCCCGACCCCCCCCCCCCCCCCCCCCCGUUUCCACAGUGAAGGCCAAGGCCUGAUACUAGACUGUUACCUCGCUGAGUUUUGACUGCAAAGGACUGUUUACUUUUCCUUGUCGAGAUAGUAUCUACUCUAUAUUUGUACUGACGUUAUUUUGUAAUCCAAGAAUUGAUGAACGGAAGAAAUAAAAACAACAACAACACAACGCACAGAGAGGCCACACUCUCGGCUGAACUAGAUUGCAAAGGAACCAACAAAACAUGAAAUACCUGCUGUGGCGGGAAAACUCAAGGCUGUUUGUGACACUUCUCCUUCUUACUCCUGCCGCGACAGGAAGCACAGGAUUUAUAGCCGUAUCUGUACGUGAUCGUGUGUGGAAUAGUUCCCAUUAAUAUUACUACAACAUGUGGUGUUCUUUGAGGGUAUCUUUGUGCAAUUCUACCUGCAGCUCUUCAGUGUGCUACGUGUGGGGGAGUUAUCGCAAGCCGCGUGUUGUCGUGCUGUUGAAUCAUUGUCGCUUAUUAUGAGGCCAAAGUCGAGUGUCGUUGGUAUUCGUUGACAUGAUAUGUGUCGAUAUAAACACCUAAACAUUUUUCUGUCAUCAUGAGUAUCAAGUUGAUUUUGUAUCCUGGUGUAUAGCGUAGAGAUUUCUGUUGCGCACUCUGACGUAAAAUCAAACAAUGCCAUGCGCUCACAUUUUUAGAUAUAUAUCUAAAUAUAUGUAUUUGGUUUCACAUGUUUUGGUGCUUUUUUUUUAUAUGGUGGGGUUCUUAGGUUUCUUCCAUUUGAGUUUUUUUUUUAUCGAUGCUCUUUUCUGCCAUGUUGAACAAUGACAUCUGCUUUUAUUCAACAAAUACUGUGGAUUUUGUGUCAAAAUAAACGAUUACAA